AAGAUGGUGAGUGUCCCUGAGCGGCUCGCCGGCUUCCCUCUCCCCGCUCAAUCCGCCGCCAUCCGCCCUGCUGGCCGCCUGGCCCGCGCCGGCGGAGGCCGGAGCUGGUGCCGCGGGGCCUGCGCUCGCCGGGCCGCCGGCUAUUGGCGGGGGGCAGCUCGAGCCUGAUUACCCUGGGUGGGAGCGGGCGGUGGGACAGAGCCGGGGGCCUUGCAGGGAGCGGGCCUCUAGUCGGGCCUUGAAGGGGGAGGGGCAGGGGUGAGACCCGGGCGGGGGGGAGCAAGUCGCGGGGGCGGGUGCUUUCCUUUAACUGCAGGCCCAUGCGGGGCUGGGGGUGUUCCCUGUACCCCCCACUCCCCGCCCCAUUGCUGGGCGGUACCCCUCUGCUGGAAUCGGGGUGGCGGGUGGUUAAGCCUGCAGCGGUGUGUUUCUCCAAGCCUGGCUGGCCGGUGAUCAGGGUGGCGGGGGGGACGGGACGGGACCCCGAGAGCCAGAAAACAGGGGGUGCUGCUCCCCCGCUUUGCUCUUGGCUCAUUUGUAUUGCGCUCUGGCCGUGAGCUUCCCAAGGUACAAGGCGCUGCUCUCGAGGCUGUUCCCUUUCUGUGGGGUUUAGGGUCUGGAAGAGGGGCAGAAACAGGUAGCCUUGGGAGAGCUAGGGGAGAGAAUAAUAUUCCUCUCUCCAUAUUCUGAUUUCCACCCAUGUUCUGUGGGCCUCGUAGAGGAAAAGAGGGUCGGUCUCCAGGAGAGAUUUGCAUGAGAGAGCUUGGGGCCUGAUGUACUAAGGUUUGGGAUGUCAUGCUGAGCCCAGGGGCAGUAAAAAUGGCAUAAGACUGUUGCAGAAGGAAAUAACAUGGGAAUCAAAGCUAGCAUGAUUGCACUGAUGAGGAAUGGGUGUAGAGAGAGGAGAGACCUCAGAUGUGGGCUAAGCGCACCAAGAAAGUUGGGAUUGUGGGUAAAUAUGGUACCCGUUAUGGUGCUUCCCUCAGGAAAAUGGUAAAGAAAAUUGAAAUUAGCCAGCAUGCCAAGUAUACCUGCUCCUUCUGUGGCAAGACCAAGAUGAAGAGGAAAGCUGUAGGUAUCUGGCAUUGUGGAUCCUGUAUGAAGACAGUAGCUGGUGGUGCCUGGACCUAUAACACCACCUCUGCAGUGACAGUCAAAUCUGCCAUCAGAAGACUGAAGGAAUUGAAAGACCAGUAGAACCUUCUACCUGUUACCACGAUUCAUACCUUCCUUCUCCAGUGUCUGAAAAUCUCUACCAUUCCUUUGUCAAUAAAAAGGGUGUAGUGGAA